AAUUUUCAUAGCUUUAUACACUAUCGUUUUCUAAUUUAUUUUCAGUGAGUUCCUGGGACUUGGUAAAAAUUGUUGUUGAGAAAACUUUAUAGAAAUUUCGAGAAAAAAUGGAGAGUUUUAUAUUAAUUUUGAGUCUUGUUAGUAUAGCUAAGGCACAAAUACCAACGUUCGGAAGCUGUCCGGAUAUUCCAGUUGUGCCAAAUUUUGACACAAAGUUUUAUUCUGGUAAAUGGUUCGAAAUCGAAAAGUAUUUCACCGUUUUUGAAAUCGGUGCCAUUUGCAUAACCUCAGAGUAUUCAGAUUUAGGAAAUGGCACUCUUGGGGUACGCAAUCAACAAGUUCAGACCAUUUCAGGUCAAGUUAGAAGUAUUGAGGGUAUGGCUCGUAUUACCGACGCAGAUGGUGGUGCCAAACUUGGCGUUAGUUUCCCCACAGUCGCAAUCGCAGGUACAGCACCAUACUGGGUUGUUGACACUGACUACAAAAAUUACUCCAUUGUUUGGUCAUGUACUGGGUUCGGAUUUAUGAGUUUUCGAAUCGUUUGGUUUAUGUCAAGGGAAAGAAAACCUUCCGAAGAGAUAAGAAGUCGCGUCUAUGCAAAACUUAAACAGUUGCAAAUACCUACUGAUCCAUUGCAGAAAACACAACAAGAUGGAUGUACAGGUUAAGAGUACAAUAAUCGUAACCAGGAAAAAUGCUCAAUUAAAUAUUUGCAUAUAAAUGUUACUCGAAUUGUAUUCAUAACGUAAUAAUUAAGUAACUUGUAACUCGUAACUUGUAACUUAUUUUUAUAGUACUGUUGAUAAAAAUUAAAAGCUAGAUUUACAAAACUGCACAUACAUACAUACUUGAGAUAUGUUUUAGUAAAUCUUAACUAAAAUUUGUACAUUCGACAAUUUUAUUUAAUUAAAUGUAAAAGAAAAUUGGCACCCAGUUGCACAUAGCCCUGCCAUCCUUCCAGCUUCUACAGCGCUCACAAUACCAACCUCAACAAAAUUUGAUCAUGAACUCGACACUCGGAAGGUUCAUGGACAGUGGAUGGAAACAAGUUUGCACACUUACUGUGUAUUGCAAACAUUUUUGCAAAAUAAUUUUGCACAUAAAGUACUGUUGCAUACUUCACAGUGUUAGCUACAUAUUAUAUACAUACACACACAACUUAUUAUACUAGUCAUCCAUUCCAAUUCCACACAGAGAGUACUUUACUAAAUUAUGCAUCUUGUGUGUGAUAUGUGGUCAUAUAUUAACUUUAGUUUGUCCUUCUUGCUAAAUGAUAACAUCGCAAGAUCGUAACGCAAAGUCAGGUCGCAUUAAGAAAUAAGACCACUUCAACUAAUUCUUUGCAAUUAUUGCAAAAUAGUAAACAUUGCACCAAGUUCCACUCCAUUCAAUACUUGUCCAUUUAAGUUUUACAAGUGUGACACAAUAAAAUGUCGGUAUUUAAUCAUUUUACAAAUCGGAGUCUGCUAAGAAGUUGUGAAAACAUGACUUCGACCACGGUCCGGUUCUAUCGAAAGCCGAAAUGGGCGACGACAGUGACCAGAAAGCCAAACAUAAUGUAUACAAAUAUUGAACAUCAUGAUGAAGUUGAAGACCCUGGCGUUGCUCAAAAAGAAUUUGACAAGAAUAAGAUACAGCAAAUUUUUAGCAAGUCUUUGUGGGCAUGGCAAAAACAUGUUACUGCAAUGAGACAUUUUGAAUUUUCUGAAGAUAUCCAACUACGAAGAAUUAUCCAGGAUGAUGGGAAACUAAUUGUACGAGUAAAAAAUCGCUGUGAUCAAGAACUUCUAGAAGAAUGGGUCCAAGUCGUAGAGGAGCUUAACCAGAAAAGACUGCUAAAGGAAAAUGAUGUCGAUCUAAGACUGGAAAUUGCCAAGAAGAAAGUACUCUCAGAAAUGGAAAAGCUCAAAUCUGCAAUAAGCUUGGAUGAUCUGGACCUCGCGAUCGAAAGUGCACUAUCAUCAGAAGUGGAAUAUAAUUUUGCAAUUGACAAAUCUGGAAAUGUCAUUAGUGGGAUGAAUAAUAGCCCGGUCAGCAGAUAAAGUGUUAAUUGGGAUAGUCUGAAUUAAACAAAGUACGGUGAAAACUAGCCAGUUCUUAAGUAAAUGUAUAUUAUAUAUCACGCAUUAUAACAAGCAUUCCUGUCUACGCAUGGCUAUAAAAUAAGAGAUUAGUGCGUUUUUUAAUUGUUAGGGUCCAAACUAUGUUGUAGUAUUUUUGAUUACGAUAUCUGUACUUUUACAAUUCAUUUUUAUGGAACAACAAUAAUGAUCUUAUAUAUAAACGAAUUACGUAUAGAAUAAUAAAUUUUAAUCAAUGAAACUUUUAAAGAA